GGAUUAAAUGAGUUAAAUCUAAGGCAUCUAGUGAAUCCCUGGUACACAGUGAAGCUCAGUAAAUACAGAUUCCUUUGGAAAAUGUCUCUAUUAUAAUUCAUAAUCUAGAGUGAAUCAGGAUGUGCUGGAGACAAAGCAUUAGAAGAAAAGUGUAAUUAGAAGAGGUGAUAGGUACCUCUUGUCUCCAGAUAGAUAAAUGAAUCCUAAACUAAAGAGCAGUAAAGCUCUUUCUGCUUCUCAAGAUUACAUGAGUUCAUGUGGCAUAUUAUAUAUCAGUAUAUUAAACGGCAUUUACAAAUGAAGGCAAUAACAAUCUUUUUUUCUCCUAGAAUAGCACUAUCUGAAGCAUUAACCUGGCUAUUAAAAGAUUAUCUCUGAUUUUCAAAAUUAUGUAAGGAAUGGGGAGUGAAAGGAGGAAUAUAUAUUUUUUAAUUAUGUGAUUUUUUAAAAUUGAUUUUAGAAGGGAGAGGGAGAAAGAGAAACAUUGAUCGCUUGCCUCCUGUACACACCUGACCAGGAUUGGAAUCUACAACCUGGGCAUGUGCUCUGACUGGGAAUUGAAUUGGUUACCCUUUGGCGCACAGGAUGAUGCUCAACCAACUGAGCCACAUCAGCCAGGAAACUCCACCAUGAGACGAGGUGGAUGGAGGAGGCGAGCUGAAAAUGAUGGCUGGGGAAAAUGGGGUGGAUAUAUGGCUGCCAAGGUCCAGAAAUUGGAGGAACAGUUUCGAUCAGAUGCUGAAAUGCAGAAGGAUGGAACUUCAUCUACAAUUUUUAGUGGAGUUGCCAUCUAUGUUAAUGGAUAUACAGAUCCUUCUGCUGAGGAAUUGAGAAAGCUAAUGAUGUUGCAUGGAGGACAGUACCAUGUGUAUUAUUCCAGGUCCAAAACAACACACAUUAUUGCCACAAAUCUUCCUACUGCCAAAAUAAAAGAAUUGAAGGGGGAAAAAGUAAUUCGGCCAGAAUGGAUUGUGGAAAGCAUCAAAGCUGGACGACUCCUGUCCUACAUUCCCUAUCAGCUGUACAGCAAGCAGUCCACUGUGCAGAAAAGUCUCAACUUCAAUCCUGUAUGCAAACCUGAGGACCCGGUGCCUGGUCCAAGCAAUGGAGCCAAACAGCUUAACAACAGGGUAAAUCACGUAAUUAAGGAGCUUGAGACAGAAAAAGAAAUCAAAGCCAAUGGAAUGAACAGUUGGAAUGAAGAAGAUGCAAGUAGUGAUUUUAGUUUUGCGGAGCUGGAGCAGAUCUUUCCAGAAAGGAAACAAAACGGGAUUCCGCCUCACAGAGACAGCCCUGCCAUUUUCAAUGGCCACACUCAUAGCUCUAAUGGUGCCUUAAAGAUACAGGAUUGCUGGGUGCCUGUAGGCAACAGUGUUGCCAGCAGGCUUUCUCCAGACUCUACCCAGAGGGAGGAGAAGGCUGAGAAUAGCAGCACCGACUUCAGAGACUGCAGUGUGCAGCUGUCGCAACAAAGCACCAGGAACACAGAUGCCAUGCGGAAUCCACACAGAACUAAUUCCUUCUCAUUAUCAUCUUUGCACACUAACACUAAAAUAAAUGGUGCUCACUACUCCACUGUUCAGGGGCCUUCAAGCACAAAAAGCACUUCAGGACCUACUCUUAGCAAGACAGCACCUUCAGUGCCAUCCCGACCCUCAGACUGCAGUUUUAUUUCAGACUUCUAUUCUCGUUCAAGACUGCAUCACAUAUCAACGUGGAAGUGUGAAUUGACUGAGUUUGUCAAUACCCUACAAAGACAAAGUAAUGGUAUCUUCCCAGGAAGGGAAAAGUUAAAAAAAAUGAAAACAGGCAGGUCUGCCCUUGUUGUAACUGACACAGGAAAUAUGUCAGUAUUGAGUUCACCCAGACAUCAGAGCUGUAUAAUGCAUGUUGAUAUGGAUUGCUUCUUUGUAUCAGUGGGUAUACGAAAUAGGCCAGAUCUCAAAGGGAAACCCGUGGCUGUUACAAGUAACAGAGGCACAGGAAGGGCACCUCUGCGUCCUGGAGCUAACCCCCAGUUGGAGUGGCAGUAUUACCAGAAUAAAAUCCUGAAAGGCAAAGCAGCAGAUAUACCAGAUUCAUCACUGUGGGAGAAUCAAGAUUCUGCGCAUACUAAUGGAAUUGAUUCUGUUUUGUCGAAGGCUGAAAUUGCAUCUUGCAGUUAUGAAGCCAGACAAGUUGGUAUUAAGAAUGGAAUGUUUUUUGGGUACGCUAAACAACUUUGUCCUAAUCUUCAAGCUGUUCCAUAUGAUUUUCAUGCAUAUAAGGAAGUUGCACGCACGAUGUAUGAGACAUUGGCAAGCUAUACGCACAGCAUCGAGGCAGUCAGCUGUGAUGAAGCGCUGGUGGACAUCACGGAAAUCCUUGCGGAGACCAAGCUCACUCCUGAUGAAUUUGCAAGCGCUGUCCGCAUGGAAAUCAAAGACCAGACUCACUGUGCUGCCUCUGUUGGGAUUGGUUCUAAUAUUCUCCUGGCUAGAAUGGCAACUAGAAAAGCAAAGCCAGACGGCCAGUACCACUUAAAGCCGGAAGAAGUCGAUGAUUUCAUCAGAGGUCAGCUAGUUACUAAUCUACCAGGAGUGGGGCGGUCCAUGGAGGCCAAACUGGCAUCUUUGGGAAUUAAGACUUGUGGAGACCUGCAGUACAUGACCAUGGCAAGACUCCAGAGGGAAUUUGGUCCCAAGACAGGGCAGAUGCUGUACAGGUUCUGCCGAGGUUUGGAUGACAGACCAGUUCGAACCGAAAAGGAAAGAAAAUCGAUUUCAGCUGAGAUCAACUAUGGAAUAAGGUUUACCCAGCCCAAAGAAGCAGAAGCUUUCCUUCUGAGUCUUUCAGAGGAAAUUCAAAGACGGCUUGAAGCUGCUGGCAUGAAGGGUAAACGCCUGACUCUCAAAAUAAUGGUACGGAAGCCGGGGGCCCCUGUAGAAACUGCAAAAUUUGGAGGCCAUGGAAUUUGUGAUCACAUCGCCAGGACCGUGACUCUCGACCAGGCAACAGACAGUGCAAAAGUAAUUGGAAAGGCCACACUGAACAUGUUCCACACAUUGAAGCUAAACAUAUCGGACAUGAGAGGGGUUGGGAUUCAAGUGAACCAGUUGGUUCCUGCUCAUCCGAGACUUCACGCCUGUCCCAGGCAUGUGCCAGCUCAGCCAGAUCCCGGUGGCUCCCACUCUGUCCUGGACCUCCUCCAAGUUCAGAAAGCAAAGACUUCCUCAGAAGAAGAGCACCAGGAAGUAUUCCUGGCUGCCAUGGAUCUGGAAAUCUCAUCUGCCUCUAGAACUUGCACGUUCCUGCCAUCUCUCUCUACACAUCCGGCAUCUGCUGUCAGCCCUGUUACGAGCAAAGCCGAGCCUUCGGGGAAAUGGAAUGGUCUACAUUCUCCCAUCAGCUUAAAAUCAAAGCUGAACCUGAGUAUAGAGGUCCCAUCACCUUCCCAGCUCGAUCAGUCUGUUUUAGAAGCACUCCCGCCUGAUCUCCGGGAACAAGUAGAGCAAGUUUGUGCUGUUCAGCACGGGGAGCAGCAUGGUGACAAAAAGAACGAACCAGUAAACGGCUGUAAUACAGGAAUUAUGCCACAGCCAGUGGGGACAGUUUUAUUACAAAUACCAGAACCUCAAGCAUCUAACAAUGACAUGGGAAUCAACCUAAUAGCCCUUCCAGCAUUCUCACAGGGAGAACUCUCUGCUUCUACUUCAGGUGUGCAGCCUUCCCCAUCUGGCUGUGUCAGACCCCCAGCACCCAACCUUGCCGGAGCCGUCGAGUUCAGUGACGUGAAGACACUGCUCAAGGAGUGGAUCACCACCAUUUCAGAUCCAAUGGAAGAAGACAUUCUGCAAGUUGUGAAAUACUGCACUGACCUGAUAGAGGAGAAAGACUUGGAGAAACUGGACCUCGUUAUAAAAUACAUGAAAAGGUUGACGCAGCAGUCGGUGGAAUCAGUUUGGAAUAUGGCAUUUGACUUUAUUCUUGACAAUGUUCAGGUGGUUUUACAACAGACUUACGGGAGCACAUUGAAAGUUACAUAGUGUGAGCAGGGAGCGCGGUGCUCGCUCUCGCUGCUGUGCCAUAAGUGCUUGUGAGGUAUCUACAAAGUGCAUGGUAGUAAUGCUCUGAGUUUUCAUAAUUUCAAAUUUCUUUUUGAGCAAGUGUUUUGUACAUUUCUUUUCAAAAAGUGCCAAAUUUGUCAGUAUUGCAUGUAAAUAAAUGUGUUCUUUUACUGUAGUAUAGAUUCUAUUUACAAAAUGUUUGUUUAUAAAGUUUUAUGGAUUUUUACAGUGAAGUGUUUACAGUUGUUUAAUAAAGAACUGUAUGUA